GUAACAUUCACCUGCCUUGAUCCGUGAAUCUGACUUAAGGAAUACCAAAGCUCAAUUGGCGUUAUAUAUGCCUUCUUUGCUUUGCUGCCUUGGUGGAGUGGAAUGCUUGUCAACUACUCCUUUACCCCUUUACCUUCCCACUCCCUCUCCAUCUCCUCUGCUCAAAGCUUAUGCUAGAAAAGCUAAGAAUCUAGAGAGAGAGAGAGAGAGGUGUUUGAUCUUUGAGUGUAUGUAUAUGGAGAAAUUCAAGUGCAAGCUGUGUUUGAAGCAGUUCAUGAAUGGGAAAGCUCUGGGUGGGCACAUGAGGUCGCAUUUGGCGGUGCUGCCGCUGCCGCCGAAGACGCCGCCGCAGAAGCAGCAGGAUUCCAUGGACGGCGGCGGGCGGAGCGAGUCGACCCUGUCGGAGGAAGGGGGGUUGAGGGGGAAUCCGAGGAAGAGCGUAAGGUUGGUAGAUCGUGAUCCUGAGUUUCUGGAUAGGGAGAGCGAGAGCGAGUCGACUCGGAAUCCUACUCGGAGAAGAUCCAAGCGAGGCCGGAGGGUGUUUUUGGGAGAAGCGGAGGAGGAAGAGAAGGGCAAAGCGAAGGUGACCGAGUCGUCGGAAUCGGCGGUGCUGAGUUCGUUCUCCGACGAGGAGGAGAUCGCGAGGUGUCUGAUGACGCUGUCGCAGGAUGUGUGGUCGAAAAGUGGAGGCGAGAAGUUCCAAUGCGAGAUUUGUUGCAGAAACUUCAAGUCCUCACAAGCUCUGGGCAGUCACAGAACAAUCCACAACAGAGGUGAAAUCGAACAGAAACCAAGAAAUCCCGCCGCCGCCGCCGCCGCUGCCGCCGGCAAAAUGCAUGAAUGCCCAUUUUGCGGCAAGCUCUUCGUGUCGGGUCAAGCCUUGGGAGGCCACAAAAGAUCACACAUCGUCCACUCCCCCGCUUCCACUUCAAAGCUCAUCAUAGAUCUCAACUUACCAGCUCCAAUGGAGGAUGACGAUGAACCAGAAGCAGAGGUAUCUGCAGUUUCAGAUGCAGAGCCAGUGCCCAGUCAUGAGGGUAGAUAAGUAAAACAACAACCCAUAUUUUGGAUAUUUUAUUUUAUUUUUUUUUUAUAAAAAAUUGAAGUAGUUAGGUUCUUUGAUUUUUGCAAUCUUGUGAAAUUGUAGUUUCUAUUAAUAGGGAGGAGAAAAUUAUUGAAAUUUGAAUCCCUUUCUCUGUUUGUGGUAGUUGUAAGUUGUUAACACACACUUUUCUUCAA